AUGCGACGUCUCUUUCCAUGUUGGGACGAACCCGGAUUAAAAGCUAAAUUUUUCAUUGCUGUAAACCUUCCUGAAAAUUACAAUGUUUUUUCAAAUUCAGCUUGUCUUUUAACUACAUCAAAACCGCCUUUGACGACACACUAUAUCAUAACUUCUGAAAUACCCACGUAUCAAAUAGGAAUUGUUAUAUUUGAUAAGCAUGACUAUACUGCUAUUUCUCCUAUACAAAACUAUGGAGAAUUAUGGAGAAAUCCCAAAUUAUGGAGAAGAGAGUUGAUGGAAGUACAAUGGGAUAAAAUUUUGAACUUAAUUGGAAAUGUUAUACAUACUGUUGCACAUACAUGGCAACUAGAGGAAGGAUUAUUAAGAAAUCAAUUUGCGAUUGCAGGUUUGACAGAUGAUGGCGUGAAUAAAUUGCAGUUCCUACUUUAUAGAGAAGAAGAUAUUAUUUAUAAUGAAAAAAUAGAUCCCAUCGCACGCAAAAUAGAGUUAUCACGUAUAAUAGGACGUAAAGUGGUUGGUACUGCGAUUAGUCCAUUAUGGUGGUCUUGCAUGUGGCUGAACGAGGGUAUUGCUACGUUGUUCGGCGUGUAUACAAUCAAUCAGAUUAUGCCAGAGAGUCGGAUGUUGGAUUUGUUCGUAGUUCAGACUCAACAAGAAUCUCUCCGUCUAGAUGAUUCACAAAUUAUGAACCCUCUUAAUUCAGAAGUUAACGAUGGUAAUGAUAAAAAUUAA